CCAACCUCGCCAUGUUGUCGUUGUAAAUCUGUUGCUCCAGUUUUCACACUUUCUACCGCAGAUUAAAUCUUUCUUGGCGACUGAUCCAGCUGUUAAAGUAGCAGGAUGUCGAGCGUGUCCUACCACAUCUCCAGCCUGUUGGAGAAAAUGACCUCCACUGACAAAGACUUCAGGUUCAUGGCCACAAAUGACCUGAUGCUAGAGCUGCAGAAGGACAGCAUCAAACUGGACGAGGACAGCGAGAGGAAAGUGGUGACCAUGCUGCUCAAACUGCUGGAGGACAAGAAUGGAGAGGUGCAGAACCUGGCCGUGAAAUGCCUGGCGCCUCUGGUGAGUAAAGUGAAGGAGCCACAGGUGGAGGCGAUGGUGGACACUCUGUGCUCCAACAUGACGUCCAGCAAGGAGCAGCUGAGAGACAUUUCCAGCAUGGGGCUGAAGGCCGUGAUCGGCGAGCUGCCGCUGUCCUCGUCAGGUUUGCCUCUCACAGCGAGCGUGUGUAAGAAGAUUACCUCCCAGCUGAUUGGUGCUUUGGGAAAACAAGAAGACGUUUCCGUGCAGCUGGAGGCCCUGGACAUCCUGUCGGACAUGUUGGGAAGGCUUAGCGGUGCACUGGUCAGUUUCCACAGCUCUCUUCUCUCGUGCCUGCUGCCUCAGCUAACCAGCUCCAGAAUGGCGGUAAGGAAGCGCAGCAUCCUGGCUCUGGGUCACCUGGUGCCGUGCUGCAGCCCCGCCCUCUUCUCACAGCUGACCGAACAUCUGCUGAAGGAGCUGGGGAAGAGCCCGCCCACUUCCAUGACCAGGACGUACAUCCAGUGCCUGGCGACCGUCAGUCGGCAGGGCGGCCAUCGAGUUGGUGAACAUCUGGAGAAGCUGAUUCCCCUAGUGGUAAAGUUUACGAGCGUGGAGGACGACGAGCUGAGAGAGUAUUGUUUUCAGGCCUUCGAAGCUUUUAUACGCAGGUGUCCGAAGGAGAUGUCACCUCACGUCGCCACGGUGACUCAGCUCUGUCUUAAAUUCAUGACCUUUGACCCCAACUACAACUAUGAUGACAACGAGGAGGAGGAGGAGGACAGCAUGGACAUUGAGGAUGGAAAUGAUGAAGAAUCGGACGACGAGUACAGCGACGAUGACGACAUGAGCUGGAAGGUGCGGCGCUCCGCCGUCAAGUGCCUGGAGGCGUUGAUCGCCACGCGCAGGGAUCUCCUGCUUUCCUUCUACACCUCCAUCUGCCCCGCCCUGCUGGCCCGGUUCAAGGAGCGCGAGGAGAACGUGAGGGCCGACGUCUUUGCCGCCUUUUCCAUGCUGCUGAAACAGACCCGGACGGGUUCAAGCCACCACUCUCUCAUCACGACUCGCGUGGACCCGGCGUCCAGCAGGGAGCAGGAGCCGGCCGUCGCGCUGCUCAAGAAACAGGUGCCGGUGAUUGUGAAAGCUCUCCACAGACAGCUGAAGGAGAAGAGCGUUAAAUCUCGGCAGGGCUGCUUUAGCCUGCUCACCGAGCUGGCUCACACCGUCCCCGGAGCCCUGGAGGAGCACAUCCCUGCCCUGAUACCCGGCAUCGUCUUCUCCCUGACAGACAAAUCCACCUCCUCCACCAUGAGGAUUGACGCUCUCUCCUUUUUUCACGUGCUCCUGCUCUCCCACCCGCCUCAUGCCUUUCAGGCUCUCAUGCAGGUGCUCCUGCCCGCCGUUUUGGCCUGCGUUGACGACUCUUUCUACAAGAUCACGUCGGAGGCUCUGCUGGUCACCCAGCAGCUGGUCAGAGUGAUGAGGCCGCAGGGACAGAACGCCACAUCUGCAGGAUUUGAUCCCAAACCCUUCGUCAAGGAGGUGUUUUCUGUGACUAUGAAGCGGCUCAAGGCGACGGACAUCGACCAGGAAGUGAAGGAGAGAGCCAUUUCCUGCAUGGGUCACAUGGUGUGUCACCUUGGUGACCACUUGGGGGCGGAGCUGCAGGGAGUCUUAGCCAUCUUUCUGGAGAGAUUAAAGAACGAGAUAACGAGACUGACGGCGGUUAAGACCAUCACUCUCAUCUCUGCGUCCCCUUUAAAGAUUGACCUGUCACCCAUCCUGCCGGAGACUCUGUCUGUGUUGGGCUCCUUCCUGAGGAAGAACCAGCGGGCGCUGAAGCUCGGGACGCUGGCGUGCCUCACGGCGCUGGUCACUCAUCACGGCGCCAGCAUCAAACCUGCAGCUCUGGAGCCCGUGCUGACCGAGCUCCCGCCCCUGGUGGAUGAGACGGACAUGCACGUGUCACAGGUCUCCAUCACCUUGCUGACGUGCAUGGCCAAAGCCUACCCCUCGUCCCUGGCUAAGAUCAGCUCCUCGGUGCUGCCGGGAGUCUUCCGGCUCAUCCACUCCCCUCUGCUGCAGGGCGGCGCGCUGGUGGCCAUCCUGGACUUCCUCCAGGCCCUGGUCCAGUCCAAGGCCAGUAACCUGGGCUACAGCCAGUUGCUGAAGUCGCUGACGGAGCCGUUUCAAGGCUCCAAGUCCUCCGCAGACGGCAGCGGCCUCCACCGGCAGUCGUACCACUCGGUUGCUCGCUGCGUGGCCGCUCUGUCGUCAGCGUCUCCCAAAGAUACGCCAGGAACUGUGUCCAGCCUCAUUCAGCAGGUGAAGAAUGCCGGGUCUCCGGAGUCCGCUCGCGUCCUGGCUCUGCUGUGUCUGGGCGAGGUGGGGAGGAGCGGCAGUCUUGGAGGCAGCAAGGAGGUGCAGGGGGUCAUCCUGGAGGCCUUCUCCUCCACCAAUGAGGAGGUGAAGACGGCGGCCUCGUGCGCUUUAGGCAGCAUGGCCGUCGGCAGCCUGAGCGAGUACCUCCCCUUCCUGCUCAAAGAGAUCUCAGCUCAGCCACGGAGGCAGUAUCUCCUCCUGCACUCCCUCAAGGAAGUCAUCAGUGCCUGUCCGGCCUCUAGUCUCUCGCCACAUGUGGAGUCUAUCUGGUCUCUGCUGUUUCAGCACUGCGAGUGUCAGGAGGAAGGAACCAGGAACCUGGUGGCCGAAUGUUUGGGGAAGCUGACGUUAGUCAACCCGGCGCAGCUUCUGCCCAGACUCAAGCAGCAAAUUAAAACCGGUUCUCCUCUAGCUCGCAGCACAGUGGUGACCGCCAUCAAGUUCACCAUCGUGGACCAUCCCGCUCCCAUAGACUCACUUCUGAAAGACUGCAUCGGAGACUUCCUGAAGACCCUGCAGGACAAGGACAUCAAUGUGCGGCGAGUGGCGUUGGUGAUGUUUAACUCGGCGGCUCACAACAAGCCCUCCCUGAUCCGCGGCCUCCUGGGAGCCGUGCUGCCUCACCUCUACAAGGAGACCCAGAUCCGGAAGGACCUCAUCAGAGAGGUGGAGAUGGGCCCGUUCAAACACACCGUGGAUGAUGGCUUGGACGUGCGUAAAGCAGCAUUUGAGUGCAUGUACACGCUGUUGGACGGCUGCCUGGAGGGACUGGACGUCCUGCAGUUUCUGGAUCACGUAGAGGAAGGACUCAAAGACCACUAUGACAUCAGAAUGCUGACCUUCUUGAUGCUCGCCAGACUGGUCUCCUUGUGUCCCGCGGCUGUUCUCCAAAGACUGGACCGGUUGAUUGAGCCUCUUAAAGCUACAUGCACCACCAAAGUGAAGGCCGGCUCUGUGAAGCAGGAGUUCGAGAAGCAGGAGGAGCUGCGGCGCUCGGCCAUGCGCGCCGUCGCCGCCCUGCUGGCCAUACCGGAGGUGGAGAGGAGCCCCAGCAUGGCCGAUUUCGCCAAUCAAAUCCGAUCCAACGCUGACAUGGCAUCCAUCUACCAGAGCGUCCAGGGAGGGGAGGGGGGUGGCGUCGGAUCCACAGAGAGCAUGGAUUUUAGCUAGACCAAGGAUACCGGGAGGUUUUUAAAUGAUUUUUUUUUAAUUAUAGGUUGAAAUACAGUACAGGUCUUUGUCUGAAAUCAGGCAAACGUUUCGGUUUAGAUUGUAAAGUACACCGGAUUUUUAAACCAACGUUGGGUGUUCUACUUCUGUUUGAUGUGAACUUCCUCCACAGCAAAACUCUGUUUUUUUUAAAUAAGCAGAUAUAAAGGAUUAAAUGGACUUCAACAGAACACUGCUUUAGCUUUAUUUUGUUUUAUUUCCCAGACGAAUUGUGUUAAAUGUACAUAAAAUGAAGGAGCAACUGUG